AUGAAUUCAUAUUGUGAAAUAUGUAAAAGAGAAAGGGGACAAUUAAAUAAAGUUAAUUGGAAAAGACAUAUUAAUGCGUGCAAAAUAAAAAAUAAUAAAAAACAUGUCAUUACACCACCUCCGUCAGAUUUUUCCAUAACAAAUUAUUUUUUCAAAAAAAGAAAAAUUGAAGAAACCAUAGUUUCAGAUGAAAACUUACAGUGUGGAACAAACACCACCUAUGAUGAUCCUUUAAAAUGUGUUGGUCGUUCAUUGGACUCAAACUGUAAAAUUAGUCCAUCAUUGCUAUGUUCAGAUGAAAACUUAAAGUGUGGAAUAAAAACCACCUAUGAUGAUCCUUUAAAAUGUGUUGGUGGUUCAUUGGACUCAAACUGUGAAAUUAGUCCAUCAUUGCUGUGUUCAGAUGAAAACUUAAAGUGUGGAAUAAAAACCACCUAUGAUGAUCCUUUAAAAUGUGUUGGUGGUUCAUUGGACUCAAACUGUGAAAUUAGUCCAUCAUUGCUGUGUUCAGAUCAAAAUUAUGACUGUAUUGCGAAGAACAAAAAUGAUUCUUUAUUAUUAGAUGAUUUAUCAGAUAUAAAUCAUGAAAAUCCUGAAUCAUAUUCUUAUUUAGAAAGAAAUACAAGUAUAGUUUGGAAAAAUGAUCCAGCUAUACUAGCAAGAUAUGAAUCUAUUCCGUUAGAACUAAAACAACACUUUUAUACUUUGGGACCAUGUCAACCUAUGCCAGAAGAUUUACCAGAUAAAUCAUUUCCUCGAGAUUCAUACGGUCGUCGAUUUACUAAUUUAUGGUACAGUGCAACUCUCCCGGAUGGAAGUAAAGUUCAUCGUGAUUGGUUGUCUUAUUCUCCUAGUAUGAAUAGAGUUUACUGCUUACAUUGUAUGAUGUAUGGUAUUAAUUUGCAUAAAUCUACCCGCUCUACUUGGGUUAAAGAUGGGUUUAAUCUAUGGAUAAAUGGGUCUGCAAGUAUUUAUAAGCAUUCAAUGUCUGACAAUCAUAUUACUUCAUCCAUAAAAUUUAAAAUUAGUACUCGAUGUAUUCCAAUUAUUCCCAGUUUGCAAUGUGAACAAAAAAUGCAAGUAAGACUUAAUAGAGAGGUGGUCGCUGAACUUAUAAAUAUAGUAAUUUUUUUAGCCCGUCAUAACUUGGCAUUUCGGGGCCAUAGAGAAAGCUGGUCUAUGGCUACAUCAACUUCUAAAGGCAAUUUCAAAGAUUUGGUAAUUCUGAUUGCAAAAUAUUCAGCUGCCAUGUCUGAGCAUAUUACAAAAAUCCAAUUAAGAGGGAAAUCUGAACUUUCGUUUAUAAGUUGGCAGCGGCAAAAUCAACUCAUUGAAAGUAUAGCUGAUGAAAUUUCUUUUAAUGUACAAAAAUCCAUUCAAGCCUGUAAAAUGUUCAGUAUCUCUGUAGAUUCCACUUUUGAUACAUCAAGAAAGGAACAAGUUUCCUUUAUAGUGAGGUAUGUUUGUGAAAUAUCUGGCAAUAUUUUUGAAAGACUAUUGGCUAUGAAGGAAUCGGCACAUACAACUGGUAUGGAUUUAUUUAUCCUUUUCCAAAAAGUUAUGGACAAAUUAAAUUUAAACUGGAAAGAAGACCUUAUAGGCCAGUCAUACGAUGGAGCUGCUAAUAUGCGAGGGGAAUAUCAAGGCCUUAAGACCCAUAUACAAGAAAAUAACCAACAGGCAAAGUACAUAUGGUGUCAUGCUCAUCGCCUCAACUUGGUAGUUAAAAAUGUAGUAUCUUGCAGUACCUAUGCGGUUGAUUUAUUUGGAAAUGUUGAAUCUCUGUAUGCUUUUAUAUGGUGUUCCAAGAAAAGAGUAGCAUUGUUUCGAGAAUAUCAAGAAAAACAUCUUCAUAAAUUACAUUCUGGUCAAACAAUGGCAUUAAAAAGAGUAAACACAACAAGAUGGUCAUCUCAUUCAUUAGCAUUAGAUACAAUAUUAAGCAGGCACUAUUCAAUAAUAAAAACUUUAGAAGAUAUUCGGACCACAGAAGGCCCUGGUGAUGCCAAAACAGGAGCUACUUGCAGUGGUCUAUUAAACUAUUUAAAAUCCAAUCAAUUUCUGUUCACAGCUUUUUUGUUCAAAAAAUUAUUCAAUAUUCUUGAACCAUUAAACAAGACGUUACAAACCAAAGAUUUAGACUUAUUCACAGCCACUAUGUUGAUAGAUAGGGUAAAAAACAAAGUUAGUUUACUUAAUAACAGAGAAACGGAUAACAAUUUUAAUUCAAUUAUUUUAGAAGCUGAGAAUUUUUCUGAAAAUAGUAAAGUUGAAUUUACACCUUUACCAAUCCUGCGAAAAAGGAAAGUUCCUAAAAAAUCUGACGAAUUAAGUAACGAUGAACCGAUAAUUGAUCCUAAGCAAAAAUUUAAAAUUAAUUGCUUUUUUGUAGUCAUUGACCAAGUUCAAAAUGAGCUGAAUGAACGAUUUAGUACCGACAAUACUGGUUUGUUAAAUGAUAUAUCACUUAUUUCUAGGAGACGGAUUUUAGAAGUAAGAUCUAAUCCAAAUUCUCUCCCAAAAGAUGCUUUUAAUGCCGUAUGCAAUAUUUAUUCAAAAUAUUUAAACUAUGAAAAAUUAGUUAAUGAUUAUAUUCGGUUUGCCGCUAACAUAAUUGAAAUAGAGCAGUCGAAUUCUCUUCCAGAAUAUUUACAUCCAGUUGCUAUGAAUGACGAAGAAGAAUUAGCUGAUCAGAAUAACAACUCUGACCUUGAAUUAAAUGAUGAUGAUGAUGAUCAAAAUAACAUAAGUUCAGUGUCAAGUGCAGCAGAUAUGUUUAAAAUGUUUUGUGUUGCAAAAUUAAAUGGUGUGUUUCCAAAUCUUUAUAUUUUGCUUAAGAUAGCAAUAACGUUGCCUGUGACAAGUGUUUCAACUGAGAGGUCAUUUUCCAAAUUAAAACUUGUUAAAACUAAAUUACGAACAACAAUGAGUGAAGACCGUUUGGAAAGUCUCAUGAAAAUAACUUGUGAACCGGAUAUAAACAUUGAUACUGAGAAAAUAAUUGACAAUUUUUCAAGAAAAAGUAAAUCUCUUAUAAAAGUAUUACAAUAUUAA